GGGCUGCCUCCUGGUGCAGCGGGAGCGUCCGCGGGCCGCUGAGGCGGCUCCGUAGCGCACGGAGUUAGCGGGUGUGCUGCUCGCAGCACCGAGGCUGGCACAGUGCCUAGCUGGCUUGUGAGAAAGGUACAGAAUGGCUUACAGCGUGACUCUGAAUGGACCUGGACCGUGGGGCUUCCGACUGCAAGGGGGCAAGGACUUCAACAUGCCUUUGACCAUCUCCAGAAUCACUCCUGGCAGCAAGGCAGCACAGUCACAGAUGAAUCAAGGGGACCUUGUGGUAGCCAUUGAUGGAGUCAAUACUGACAGCAUGACUCACUUAGAGGCUCAGAACAAGAUCAAGUCAGCGAGUUACAACCUGAGCCUCACUCUUCAGAAAUCGAAACGUCCAGUGCCAGUUUCAACCACACCACCCAAAAUUGACUCACCCAGAGCUGUAAUUCCCCACCAGAAGGAACCUGCUUGGGAAAUCAAUGGCAACAGAGCAACCUUCAGUCCUCUAACUAACACGGCGACUGGGCCUAUGGGUAGUGUUUUAGCAACCAAUGGAACAUUUUCAGGCUACUUCAACAAGGAAGAGAUCAGCUUUUCAAAUAGCUCUUCUUACUUAAAGACUACUGCAGUUAGAUCUUCCAUGUCCUCUCAGUCCGUGACUCCUGACGUUUCACCUGCAAAGAGUAAUCUAGGUUCAAAACUAAGCCCUCUACUGACUGAUGGCAAUAGUCCUGUACGCCAGCUGAGCCCUGCAAGGCAAUAUAACAACCCUAUUGGCCUUUACUCAGCAGAAACUCUAAGGGAAAUGGCUGAGAUGCAUAAAUUAAGUCUCAGACGGAGGGCUUCAGAAGGUGGACUUCCUAUAGGUACCCUUCCUAUUAAAGAUCCUCACGUAGACAGUGCAUCUCCGGUGUAUCAGGCUGUUCUCAAAACUCAGAACAAGCCUGAAGAUGAAACUGAAGACUGGAGCCGCCGUUCUGCCAACCUGCAGUCUAAGUCUUUUCGCAUCCUUGCUCAGAUGACUGGAACAGAGUUCAUGCAAGAUCCAGAUGAAGAAGCCCUGAGGAGAUCAAGAGACAAAGAAAAUGCUGCAGCAGCAUCACAAAACAGAAACACAAGCCAGUCAUAUACACCAGUGCCAGCUUCUGCAAGCUAUGGUGAAAGUCCUGCUGCUUCUGCUGCUUCAAAACCAAGAGUUGUCACUACUGCUAGCAUAAAGCCCUCUGUCUACCAGCCAGCACCUGCACCAGUUCAUUCCUACACCCCUGCCAACACGGAGCCAGCAAGCCGUCCUCCCUGGGUAACAGAUGAGUCAUUUUCCCAGAAGUUUGCACCUGGAAAAACCACCACCACUGUCACGAAGAACAUCCUUCCGAGGGGGGCUCCAGUACCACCUCCUGCCUCUAAAUCUGCAUACCCGUCUCCAGUUUCAGCUUCUCCCCUGGCUCCUGCAAUAGCCCGAGGAACAAUUCAGAGGGCUGAGCGUUUUCCAGCCAGCAACCGAACUCCUCUCUGUGGGCACUGUAACAGCAUAAUUCGGGGUCCCUUCCUAGUAGCCAUGGGUCGCUCUUGGCACCCAGAAGAAUUCAACUGUGCUUACUGCAAGACAUCCUUGGCUGAUAUGUGCUUUGUGGAAGAGCAGAAUAGCGUAUACUGCGAGCGCUGUUAUGAGCAGUUCUUUGCACCGACCUGCUCCAGAUGCCACACUAAGAUCAUGGGGGAAGUGAUGCAUGCCCUAAGACAGACUUGGCACACGAGUUGCUUUGUUUGUGCUGCUUGUAAGAAGCCAUUUGGGAAUAGUCUCUUUCACAUGGAAGAUGGAGAACCUUACUGUGAGAAAGAUUACAUUGCUUUGUUCAGCACAAAAUGCCAUGGCUGUGAUUUUCCUGUUGAAGCUGGAGAUAAAUUCAUUGAAGCCCUUGGACAUACUUGGCAUGAUACCUGCUUCAUUUGUGCUGUAUGCCAUGUGAAUUUGGAAGGUCAACCAUUCUACUCCAAGAAGGAUAAGCCACUGUGCAAGAAGCAUGCCCAUGCCAUCAAUGUUUAAAAAGAGCUGGAAAUCAGUAAUGCUGGGGAAACUGAUGACUAAAUGAGCAAUUAUAAAGUUGAUAACCAUGGCUAGCAUUUGUCUUGGUAGAAGCUAUAAAGUUGAUAUUUCUAAAAUUUCAUUUUAACUCGUUUCUUAGGAGCAGAACAUGCUUUUGCAUGGUUCAUAUAAAAUGAACAAUCAAAACCAAAUUAAAUCCUCCAUUUAAAAACAGAUUAUUAGUGCAGCAGUUUGGAGAAAUACUGAUUAAAACCUGUGAUUUGAAAUGUAAUACAUAAAUACAGUUUAAAAUGAACUACCCACAGCAGUUUUACUGCUUAGACCACACACUAGUGUUUAAGAAUAACAGGAAAAGUCCUGUUAUUGUAAUUGUAAUAACUCAUCUCUUGUAAUAGCUCAUUUUCUUUCAUAAAAAGAAUGAGUAAGUGCUAUACGGACAAUAAUCAGUAGAACCAAAGGGCACAGCUUUCAAAGGGAAAUAAAUAGGUUAGGGUUUCCUCUAUGAAAAGUGUGUGCUAUUCCUUUAUGUUGUGGUGCUACCUCAUAGCAUCAAGUAUUUUAGAUUCUUUCCAAAUAAGAAGUUUGCCUUGAAUCCAUACAUAGCUCUGAAGCCUAAGAGACAAUGAGUAGCUUAGUUUGAGAAUGAAGUGGAAAUGGAAUUAACUCCUUCCACACCCAAUAAGAUUGAGGAAAGGUUGGGUCAACCUUGCUAGUGCACUUAGCUUAUAUGUGAGCAAUAGAUACCUCACUUUCAAAUCUUAAUGGAAAAGGCUAACUGGCUUUGUCCAGCCUGCUCUUAAAUUGAAUGGAAUCAGGCUGGCUGGAAAGGAACUGUGGCUACUGAUUCAAAAACAGUUUGCCUUUCUUCUUGUGGGAAAAAAAAAAAACAAACCUGAACAUUACUUUGGUUUAUAAUGUCCACUGAUAUAAAGUGGGAGGUAGGAACCCAUUUCUGGAUCUUUAACACUGAUUAACAGCGAAGACACAUUUCUAUCUAGUACAGCUGGAUAGUAGGAGAUAGCUUGAAAAAGUUGCCAAAUCUACCCCACAUACAUAGAAAAAAGGCACCUUUACUUCUCCUGUGGAAUGUAAUCAAUCAAUGUUUUAUCAAUGUAAAUGAAUGUUGAUAAAAAUUCAUUGGGCAGCAUAACACCACAGACAGAUGCUUUUUAUUGUUUUCCUCAGUUUAAAUAUAACACAUUCUACAUUGUAGCAUUUGCCAUUGUAAGACAGUAGCUUUGACACUUCAUCUUAGUCCUAUUUUUAAAUAUUUUAUAAAAAACUUCAAAGUUGCUCAAACAUUUAUAAAACUGUUCGUUUUGUUUGGUUGGUUUGAUUUUUUUUGAAAGCAAUACUUGUAGUACUAGCAGUGAUUUUGAAUUCCUAAUUUUAAAUAUCUAUUUGUAUUGGAGGCAGCAGUUCUGUUGAAUAGAAAAUGGAGUUAUAAUGGAAAGCCUAAUCAAUAUUCAAGUUUUAUUAAUUUGCUUAAAUGAAAAUUAUGAUUGUGUAUUGAUAGCUUGCAGUACUGACAGUUUUUAAUUCGUAUUUCUGAGAGUGAGAAUGAGUUCUGUGGGCCACAUUCUGGUGCUAUCUGCACACUACUGUACCUUGUGUUUUGAGUAGCCGGGAAUGACUUGGCAUUGUCUGUCUUUUCCCUCCUAUAGGUAAUGCCAAUUCUAAGAACAUAGGUGUGUCUUUUUAGUGAUGAAAAGCUAUCCAAAGCUGUGGGGAGAAAUGCGGAGCGGAGGAAAUAAAAGAAAAGGGGGGUUAAUAUGUGAGUUAAAUUAGCUGCAGGCAGUCCACAUCUUGGAAGAAAAUAACAAUCAUAACUGCCUGUGGCAGUUCAGACAUGUAUGACCUGUGUUUAUUCAGCAGGUAUCUUAGUUCUCACUGAUCUUAGCAGGGAUCUGAUCUGAGUGCUUACAGGGUCAGAUUUUGAAUGCAUUCAUUAUUCUAUAACACUACUUCAUUAUAUGCAAAGCUUUUUUUUUUUUUUUUUUCCUAUAGGAAACAAAUUUUCUGUUUUCAGUCAGUGCUGGGCUGAUGUAAACGUGGUUCCAUUAACUACAAAGCCCAGGUAUUUGGCUCAUAAUGUUGUCCAGAGGAAUAAACUAUAAUCAUGGAAGUUAAAUACAUUUUUACUCAUAUUUGAUUCAUUAAAUACCUUUUUAUAAGAGUGAGACAAUUCUAUACUUCCUUUUAAUUUUUGAAUGCAUUGAAGAUGCUCCUUGGGCAGACUUCUGUGUUACCCACUGACUGGGACUAGUCUCUUACUGUCAACAUCAAACUCUCAAAACAGGGAGUCUGACUCCUUGGCACAACACAGACUGCUAGAGCAUGUAAUACCACAGUAGAAUGUCAUGAUCUAAUCUAUGUAUUUAUGUGUGUCCCUCUCCACCUUCUCUGUCCCUAAGAGCUCCCUCUUUGCUGGUACUAUGAAGAAUACAGCAUUUUAGGAGAUGGUCAGAGAUGAUUGGCUGCAGCUAACCAGGGGUGUACAGUCUGUGCAGAGAAUGUGGUAGGCAGCCAGGCUGGAGCUGCUUCUUUCUUCUCCAUAUUCACAAGGGACCCCAAGAUUGCCAGAUGAAGUUGCACAGGACUUCCCAUCAGAAGCUCAGGUGGACAAGUAUGGGAUGUGGAAAGACUUCCAUUAGGGGUCUCGGUGUGAGCAGGGGAAGAGAGGUUUGGAUCAAAGAGGGCAGAGCACCUGCAGCUGCCAGAAUAUGGGGGGCUUGAGGGCCUCUGGUAUUGUGUAGAAGGGUGAAGCACUGGGGAGGCAGGGGAAGCUGGGGCUGGAGGAGGGAGAGGAGCUAGGUAAGGCCAGUUGCACUAAGUUGAUAUAUUAGAUACUUUCGUUGAGGCAGAGGGGGGAAGCAGAGAAUAGCCAGUAUGACUUGCUGUGGUCAAGGAAAAGGCUUGGCGCAGGAAAUUGGGGUACAAAGAGCUGACAAUAGUCCCAAUAUAUAGUAUGAAUGUAUACAGAAUGAGUAAGCAAGGAAGAUCCAGGAUCCUACCUAGUAGAAGUCAACACUGCAAAAGGGUGAAUGCAACAUAUGUUAGGUAUAGCUGAGCUAGCUUGUGCAGUGGCAACUGUGAAAAUGCAGCAGCAGAGAUUUCAGUGGGAGCUGUACUAACUUGAAGGGGUCCUGAAAAUUUCCUUGGACAGGUAAUCUGCACUGUAACACAUGCCCUGACUCCAGCUGGUGUCUGAGCAAGUGAGAUUAAAACUAGUUUACAUAUCAGUUUAUGAGGUACAGUGAUAUCUCUGAGUGAAAAACAGAGAUACCCUGAGGAUUAUCAUGUAAUAAAUUUCCUGUUUUGACUUGUGCUGCUUCAUAAUAUGGUCCAAAAAUAGGGAAUCCACUUACCUGCCCUUACAUAAUUUUUGCACAUAUCUGAACCAGAAAUUUGUGAAUAGUAAUGUAGAAUUUUAACUUUCACAGGGAUAGAAUCCCACAUAACGCUGAUACUCUUCUGCUAUAUGUCACCUUUGUGAUAUGGAGGAAAGGAUGCAUACUUAUAUAAUUCAGAACAGGGCCCUUCAACUAUCACUGAACAUAAAUGCUAUACAAAAAUAGUGUUUGCAGGAUGAAUAAUGUGCACUUGUUUAUGUUUUCUGUCUUGUAACAGAUGCCUGGGAUAAGUCAUAAGUUCCUCUAAAUAUUUAUAUUAAUUAACAUGGGACUUUACGUGACAAAACAAAGAUCCUGUACCUCUGAAUGACCAAAUAAGAAUACCGGUAUUUUGUCUAAUACGGUGUUCAGCAUCUUUUCAGUCAGUGGCUUCAAAAAUGACCUUAAUGCUUUUUCUCUUUUUCCGCUCUUUUUGCAUAAGAGAGUAAAGAUUACCAAAGAAGGCCUUGCUUUUAUUAUCUGAAAAGAAAACCACUCAUCUGACUUAUUUUUUCUAAGUUAAUUUGUAAUGUACUGGAUUCACAUAUUGCAAUUUUAAACAAGGGAAAAUAUUUUACUUUGGUCCUUCAGUGGUCAGUACUUUGGGUGAAAUGUUUUCUUAAAGACAUACUUAUGUUUAAUAAUGUGAACAGCCAGCACUGAACACACUCAUUAGUGUCUAGUGCUGGGAAUGCUAAUGUUUAUUUGUAAUACUUGUCUCCAGGUAGCAGAUAUUGUUUAGUAUUUACAAACAUCAGAAUUUGAAACUGAGUGAUUUCUUGUCUGCAGUGAUCAUAGAAGCCUAGGUUUUAUAAUAUAAUUACAUGUUGACUUGAUAACACAAGUGCCCUUGCUUUUAGAUACAUAUUUUUCUGAAGUUCUUAGUUAGUUCAGGUCAGAAUGCAGCAUGGUUUAUGAGGUGUGAGUAAUUGUACUUUGCAUGGAUUACCUGUGCCAACAUGGAUAAAACAGUCUAGUAAUAAAAUGAAUGUACAAAUACAUUUAAAGCUUUACAGUUUGGACAUAUUUGUUAAUAUGGCACAUGAACAGCUGACAGCAUACACAAGCUUGUAUUCUCUACUUCAAACCUGAAAAUAAAAUUAGAAGCAUUGGUUUCAA